GAGGGGCCCUCAGCGGCCUGUCCACCUCCUGGCCCUGGGAUGGUGCUUCCCACUGGCAGGCACGCAUAGCGGUCGGAGAUGGCGGCAGACAUGGCGCUCUUCUUCGUGGUUGCUGGAUUGCUGACGGCAGCUCUCUCAGGUCACCCACCUCUGACCCCAUCUGACCAGCCCAACACCACCAGUGCAGAGAGCCAGACCUUGGAGCCAGGGGAGCGACUCCAGGUCCGUCUGGUGAAUGGGAGCAGCCACUGCGACGGGACAGUGGAGAUCUGGUUCAGGCAGUCGUGGCAGCCCGUGUGCGGGGUGCUCUGGGAGCUCGAUACUUCCCACGCCCUGUGCAGCUGGCUGAACUGCGGCCAGGCUCACCCGCUGGAACUGCCGGUCCUACAGACCCCGGAGCCACCGCCCGGGGCAGCCGCGGGGAACGCCAGCUGGGCGCCGAAUACCACGUGGGUCCUGGCCCCUGCGGUCCAGUGCAGUCGCCCCGAAUGGCUGAGCUGCAAGGUGGUGGAGCGCGGCUGCCGCAGCGAAGAGUGGCCGGCCCAGGUCAGCUGUACAGAAAAACGCGAUUUGAAAUUGGUGGGUGGUGGCAGCCCAUGCGAGGGCCGAGUGGAGAUGCUGGAGCAUGGCCAGUGGGGUUCGGUGUGUGACGACACGUGGGACCUGGAGGAUGCUCACGUGGUGUGCCGGCAGCUUGGCUGCGGCUGGGCCGUCCAGGCCCUGCCCGGCUUGCACUUUGCCCCUGGCCAAGGACGCAUCCACCGGGACCAAGUGAACUGCAGCGGGUUGGAGACUUACCUGUGGGACUGCCCGGGGCUGCCCGGAAAUGGGUAUUGUGGCCACAAGGAGGACGCUGGAGUGGUGUGUUCAGAGCACCAGUCCUGGCGCCUGACCGGGGGCACUGACCCCUGCGAGGGGCAGGUGGAGGUGUACUUCCGAGGGGUCUGGAGCACAGUGUGUGACAGUGAGUGGUACGACUCAGAGGCCAACGUGCUCUGCCAGGACUUGGGCUGUGGGACCGUGGCCCGGGUGCCCAAGGGGCUGCCCCACUCCUUGUCGGGCAAGAUGUACUACUCAUGCAAGGGAAGGGAGUCCACCCUCUCCAAAUGCUUCUGGCGGUUCAACAACUCCAACCUCUGCAGACAGUCCCAGGCAGCCAGGGUCCUCUGCUCAGGUGCCCGGAGUCUGCUCAAUCUGUCCACUACUGAAGUUCCUGCAAGUGGUCAGCCGGUCACUGUGG